AUUCAACAUGGAGUACAGAAAAUAGAAACGGUCGAUUCAAUGCUUUCUCUAGCUUCUAUUUUAGUUUUUUUUACACCUUUUUGUUAGUCGUUUUUUUGAUUAUCAUUCUCAAAUCGUAUGUAUCAACUUUUAUACGCCUGGCAUUAUUUAACACCGCUGAACGCUAAAGGAUAAGCUAGCGGACUGUUGUAAACGACGAGGGCACAAACAUCGAAAAUUGCUACAAAAGUUAGCAUCGGGUUAUCGGGUGAAAGGUGACGGCGUUUAUAAACUGUGGUAAGGUAAAGAAUGCACAAUGCGGCGAGUGUCUCGGCCUCUCUGGGAUCCCUGGGACUGCUGCGGUUCUUCGGGGUGUCCUGGUCCUGGAGUCUGGCAGCAGGCCUCGGGGUGUACUUGGGAACAAAGAGCUGGAAAUACUUCUACAUCGCAGCCCGCACAGUCCGAAGAGAUCUAAAUGGCCUAUAUGUGCUGGUGAGAGUGAAGUUGGCUCUGUGGCGUUACAUGAGAAACGGAAGCAACGUUCUUUCCAUUUUUGCUGAGACGGUAAAGCGGCACCCAAACAAACCUGCACUGAUCUAUGAAGCCACUGGGGAGGCGUGGACCUUUACACAGCUAGAUGAGCUGUCUAAUGCAGUGGCCCACUGGGCUCAGGACCAAGGCUGGGUGUCUGGAGAUGUGGUGGCCCUGUUCAUGGAGAGCAGGCCGCUGCAGGUGGCUCUAUGGCUGGGCUUGGCCAAAGUCGGUGUUGAAGCUGCACUGAUCAACUUUAACCUUCGACAAGAUUCACUCCUACACUGCCUCGGAGUGUCAGGCUCUCGGGCUAUUGUCUUUGGAGCUGAACUCGCUGAUGCCAUCCAGGAUGUGAGUGCUGCUCUUAACCCGUCUAUGGUACGGUUUUGCUCUGGAGAGCUCAAUGCUGUUCAGCUGACGGGCCUUAAAGCACAACCUCUGGAGCCACUUUUACUGUCUGCAGCCAGACACUCUCCAUCACCCUGUCAUCCUCGAAAAGGCAUGAAUGAUCGACUGUUUUACAUUUACACAUCAGGCACCACAGGACUGCCAAAGGCUGCUAUUGUGGUUCACAGUCGUUACUACAGGAUUGCUGCUUUUGGGUAUUUUGCUUUUCGCAUGCGCCCUGAUGAUAUAAUCUAUGACUGUCUGCCUCUCUACCACUCGGCAGGUAACAUAGUCGGAGUUGGACAGUGUCUGAUCAAUGGCCUUACCGUAGUUGUGAAGAGGAAAUUCUCUGCCAGCCGCUUUUGGGAUGAUUGCAUUAAGUACAACUGCACUAUUGUCCAGUAUAUUGGAGAAAUCUGUCGCUACCUCCUAUCUCAGCCAGUGCAGCCAUCAGAGAAGAGGCACAAGGUUCGUCUGGCUGUGGGGAAUGGCCUUCGCCCCAGCGUUUGGGAAGCUUUUACGGAGCGCUUUGGGGUCAAACAGAUUGGAGAGUUCUAUGGAGCAACUGAGUGCAACUGUAGCAUCGCCAACAUGGACGGCAAGGUUGGAGCAUGUGGAUUCAACAGUCGCAUUCUACCAUUUGUGUACCCCAUACGUUUGGUGAAAAUAGAUGAAGACACAAUGGAGCUGGUGCGCGACAGCCGAGGCCUCUGUGUGCCCUGUCAGCCUGGUGAGCCAGGUCUUCUGGUUGGUCGAAUCAAUCAGAAGGACCCUUUACGACGAUUUGAUGGCUAUGCUAACCCAGAAGCUACAAAGAAAAAAAUUGCUCAUAAUGUCUUCAAGAAAAAUGACACAGCCUAUUUAUCAGGCGAUGUGCUGGUCAUGGAUGACUUUGGCUACAUGUACUUUCGGGACCGUGGCGGAGACACAUUUCGGUGGAAAGGAGAAAAUGUGUCCACCACUGAAGUGGAGGGCAUUCUGAGCAGCCUUCUGAGUCAAACAGAUGUCGCUGUCUAUGGGGUCACGGUGCCAGGUGUUGAAGGUAAAGCAGGCAUGGCUGCAAUAGCAGACACCACAGGGAGCUUUGACCCAAACAGUUUCAUGCAAAAAGUCCAGAAAGCUCUUCCUUCCUAUUCCCGGCCGGUGUUCCUACGCCUGUCUCCCCAGGUGGACACCACAGGUACAUUUAAAAUCCAGAAAACAAGGCUGCAGCGAGAAGGAUAUGACCCACGGCACACAACUGACCAGAUCUAUUUUUUAAACUCCAGAGCUGCGCGGUAUGAGGUUGUUGAUGAACAGUUGUACAAUGCCAUAACGGAAGGAAAUGUUUCUUUAUAACAGGAGAGUGUGUAAGACAGACACGUGGUGCCUUGUCUGGACAGUUGCACAGGCAACAUCCACAUUUUGGCAUUAGUUAGUUUGGCUCCUCCUCUGGUCUAGUUGUAAACUGUAAACCAUUCAGGGGAGAGAGAUAUGCAGGCAUGGUCAGAAUGCUGUUACAAACGUAAUGUUUAACACUGUAACACAAAUGAAAAUAUUCAAGGGCAUUAGCCCUGUCCUAAUUUCUCUGGAUAACUAAAUAACUUUUAAAAGUUGUGAUUGAUUUAUACCAUAUGAAUAGGACUGAAAAUAGGAUGCAUUAUUCAAUAAUGUAGUUCGUUUUGUAAAGGACAAACGUCACAGGGUUACAGUUACUUGAGUUUUGCCUGAGCACACAAUAUAAUACCAGAUCAAUUCAGCAGGUUCAGGAAAUGUGUCUCUAUGCAGCUAUGAGGUUAUUGUUACUGUAAGAGCCAGAAUAACAUGUAGUACAAUGAGACUACUCCAUCAAACACUAACCAUAGACCUAAUUCAUUUGAUGUUUCCUUUGUGGAUAUUUGCAAACACAAUCUGUUACAAUUUGUGCCUUAAGUGCAAUAAAAAAACAUUUUAUUCCACAUUCACAUUGCCAUGUGAAUGCAGAACCAUGAACAUUGAGUCACAUAUUGUGGCUUAUUCUGUGUCAUAAUACAUGUACGGUAGUAUUCAGUUUUGAGGAUCCUUACAUUUGUUAAUCCUUCAGAGUAAAUUUGAUACCUAAUUGUUAUUAAACCCCUAAAACUC